AUGUUCCGCCACGUGACCCACCACGUGACCCGUUGCCGCCACUCGCCUGCUGCUGCUUUGGCUACUAGACUAGCUCCAAAUUUGGCGGCAAAUUGGCCAGCCCGUUACCCGCCCCUGCCGCCAUCCACAAUCUCUGUCGCCUCUGUUUUGUGCGCCACAAAAUGUUCUCAAGAAAGUGACACAAAAGAUACUGCUGUGCAAAGAUGCCAAGAAUCUCCAUUCCAUAUAGCUGGUAUCAUCUCUGCUAUUCGCAAGAGCUCUCGUCGUCUAUGGUUUAUUGAUCUUACAGAUUCUCAUCUUCCAGCAUCUGCCAAGAUUCAAUUGAUGGUCGAUUACAAGACACAGUCUGGCUUAACCCCUAAUUUAUCUCCCGAUGAAUUCUACGAUCAAAUGGCUCAAUUACACAAGGGUGAUUCCAUAGCUUGUUCAGGAACACCUUUUACAAACCCCAGGGGCCAGACCGGUCUAUCUCUUGAUAGUUUACCCACACUAUUGGCUCCAAUCCAAUCGGUACUACCAAACAAACUUGUUCAUAAAGAUAAAAUUAACAAGAAUAAAAUCAUCGCGUAUCGGGUCACUCAGGAUUAUUCCACUCUCAUUUUACGUAACAAGCUUCUCUGGGCCCUGCGUCAAUUCUUGUAUACUCGUGAUUUCAUAGAGGUAGAAACUCCUAUCUUAACUUCGAUCCCUACGUCUUCCAAUGCCUCCAAAUUCAUCACCACAACAAAUGACACUUCCAAGAAAAAUUUGUUUCUGAGAAUCGCUCCAGAACUCAUGUUGAAGAGAUUAGUCAUUUCUGGUCUACCCAAGAUAUUUGAAAUUGGGAAAAAUUUCAGAAAUGAAGGUAUCGACUCGACUCAUAACCCGGAAUUCACCACCAUCGAAACGUAUGAGACGUUUAAGGAUUUGCCCUAUUUGAUCGAGUUCACAGAAUCGCUUUGGAAACAUCUUUUCCAACACUUGGAUCUAACUGAUCAUCCCGUCUAUAAAGCGUUACAACAAAAUAAUUGGCAAUUCCAGAAAGUUUCCUUCCUAGAGACUUUCCAAAAGAAAACCAACAUCGACCUAUCCACAAUAGACCUUGCAAACACCGCAGAUUUACUCGAUAGAAUCCCCCCUCAUGACAAACGUAAAUUACCACCAAAUUUAAACACACUCCCCAUGGCCACUAUUCUUGAUAAACUUUCUUCUUUUUAUAUUGAAUCCAUCUCAUUUACCCACUCUCAUUUACCCACUCUCAUAUACGACUAUCCGACAGUCUUGUCCCCCUUAUCAAAGCAUAAGAAUGGUCAUGUCGCCAAUAGGUUCGAAGUAUUUAUUAAUGGGAUAGAAUAUGUAAAUGCUUAUGAAGAACAAAAUUGUCCUCAAUCUCAAUUGGAUGCAUUCACCGCACAAGAUCCAACCAAUAUUGAUCACGACUUCAUUGAUGCAAUGAAAUUGGGCAUGCCCCCCACUGUGGGGUUUGGAAUGGGGAUUGAUCGAUUUUUAAUGUUGAUUUCAAAUACGAAAAGAAUUGAAGAUGUUUUGCCACUCGGUUCAUUAGAUGAUUUAUAA